AUGGAGUAUAUGGAUGAGAAAUGGAAAUUAUCAAAAGAUGAUAAGAAUACCUCUCUGUCAAGGAGUGUUUCCCAGAAGAGCUCAAAAAAAUCUCCACUUCUGAGGAGUUUAACAAAGAAGAAUUCUUUCAAUCUAUCAAGGAGUUCUUCACAGAGGAGUAGCAGCACUUCUUCAAACAAGUCAUCAUCCCUGCCACGAAGUUCGUCGCAAAGGUGUGGUGAGUUUACGCGCAAAUGCAGCAACUUGGCCAAGGAACAGAAGUCUAAACUUUAUAUCGUCAAGCGAUGCAUUACCAUGCUUGUCAAAUGGAAGAAACAAGGAGAUUCUUGA